AUGAAGAGAAAAUCUCAGGAGGAAUCUACUGAUUGUGCUCCGCCGCAGAAGGUCCAGAGAGAAGAUGAUUCCAUCAACGAAGAGCUCGUUGGAGAUAACAAACCUCCGGCCAAAGAAUUCCCCUUCACCCUUGACUCCUUUCAGUCUGAAGCUAUCAAGUGCCUCGAUAACGGCGAAUCGGUUAUGGUUUCAGCUCAUACAUCUGCUGGUAAAACAGUUGUGGCAUCCUAUUCAAUUGCCAUGUCUUUGAGGGAGAACCAAAGGGUUAUUUACACUUCCCCUAUUAAGGCCCUUAGUAAUCAGAAGUACAGAGAUUUCAAAAAAGAGUUUUCUGACGUUGUUUUGAUGACUGGGGAUGUCACAAUUGAUCCCAAUGCUUCUUGUCUUGUCAUGACAACAGAGAUAUUGCGUAGCAUGUAG